AUGAAGAAACUCAAUGCUAAAGCAACACGUCUCCGACAGCAAGGCAUGGGUAAACGUCCCAACAAAACAGAAAAACUCAACCACAGCGAAGAGGAAUUGCUGUGGGAAAACGGUUCACUCGGAAAUCAUUCGCCAGUCGCGUUGACAAAUGCCAAUGUCAAGUGUCUUUCGGAGCAAAUGGGUUUGCGAGGACGACAGGACUACUGCGACGCAUAUGUGGAAGAGUUUAUCCUUCGUGAGCACGACGAUGGCUUGGAAUCUAUUGUAUUCAAUGAAAAUUCCACCAAAACACAAAGCGGAGGCCUUCGAGUCGCAAAAAGAACCACGAGGCAAGUUAUGUGGAGCACUGAUGGCGGCCCUCGAGACCCAGUAAAGCUUUUCAAGUUGUGGCUCUCCAAACGCCCUCAGCCGAUGCGAAACCAAGGCCCUCUGUAUCUGACAAUAAUCCAACGUCCAAAAAAUGACGAUGUUUGGUAUACCAAGGUACGAAUGGGCCAGAACACAAUUGGCAAAGUAAUGCCAAGAAUGACUGCGUCGCUCGAGAGCUCAACAGCGAAAAAGUUGACAAAUCACAGCAGGAGAAAAACAGUUAUACAAAAGCUGAAAUCUGCUGGACAACCACGGUAUAAGAUCAAGGAAAUUACCGGUCAUGCAUCAGAGGCAUAUCUAAAUGAUUACGACGUAAUCAGCGAGGAAUAA